AAACAAAAGAAAAACGCAUUUUGUGGAGAAUCUCAUCCAGCGAGAUAACAUUUUAAUAAAAUGCCGGUUCCCUGUAGCGGCAAAUGUUGCCGAAAUGCCUUCAUGCGACGACCGAAAACGAACGAUGCGCUCUGCAAGGAUUGCUUUUUCCUCGCCUUCGAAACGGAAAUACACAACACGAUCCAGCAGGAGCAGCUGUUCCGGCCCGGCGAGAAGGUGGCGAUUGCUGCGAGCGGUGGCAAAGAUAGUACCGUGUUGGCGCACGUUAUGAAGGUUCUGAAUGAGCGAUACAAUUAUGGGUUGAAUCUGGUCCUGCUCUCGAUCGACGAAGGGAUCACCGGCUAUCGGGAUGAUAGUUUGAAAACCGUGGCCCAGAACCGGGACGAUUACGGUAUGCCGCUGCGAAUACUGUCCUACCAGGAGCUGUACGGGUGGACAAUGGACCGGAUAGUGGCCGAAAUAGGGCGUAGCAAUAACUGCACGUUUUGUGGAGUGUUCCGCAGGCAGGCCCUGGAUCGAGGUGCUCGCUUAAUGGAGGUUGACUGCGUUGCUACGGGUCACAAUGCGGACGAUAUUGCGGAAACGGUCAUAAUGAACAUCUUGCGCGGCGAUACGGCUCGAUUGCGACGCUGCUGUGAUAUAAAAACGGGUUCCAAAGCGAACGAUACGAUACCCCGGGUCAAGCCAUUGAAGUACAGCUACGAGAAGGAGAUCGUCAUGUAUGCGCACUUCAAAAAGCUGGUCUACUUCUCCACGGAGUGUGUCUUUGCGCCGAAUGCAUACCGCGGUCAUGCGCGAGCUUUCUUGAAGGACCUGGAAAAAGUGCGCCCUUCUGCCAUCAUGGACAUCAUUCAUGCCGGAGAGCAGCUGCAAAUCAAGGGAACGGUCAAAAAGCCGGUACGAGGCACUUGCGGACGCUGUGGAUUCGUAUCAUCGCAACAGCCGUGCAAGGCUUGCGUGCUGCUGGAGGGAUUGAACCGUGGUCUGCCUAAGCUUGGCAUUGGCAAAAAGUCCAAGGGCGAUCGGAUGGUAGCAUUGCAGGAACAGCAAUUGCGAGAGAAAGCCAGGCUUGUUAAGAAUGAUUUUUAAUUUGCGAACUGCACGUUUGCACUUAGAAAUAAAAAAUCUGUUGAUAAAAUUGUAAA